CGACGGGAGGCUUACGGCGACCGUGUAGUACUCCUCCGGUGUACAGCCAUGACGGCCUUGAAGGAUGGAGGAUUGCGGGGAUGGUGGGACCCCUGAAGGUGGGUCAUUUGCCCUACUACUUGGCUCUUGCUCGUUGCGCAGUAAAGACCGCACGGCUGCCCGCUGGCCCAUCUUUGCGCUGGCUCUCUCUCUCUCUCUCUCUCUCUCUCCUCUCCAGUCUUCUUCUUCUUCUUCUUUUUUCCUCUUCUUCUUCUUCCUCCUAGAUCAUGUCCCUCACGCUCUUUUCCUCCACGUUUUCGCUCUGCGCUUCGCUCUCCUUGUCGCUGUCCAAGUCCCGUCUUCUGCAAUCAAGUGUCUGGUUCAUAUCUGCUUCAAUCUCGAUACUCACAAGCCGAUAUCUAUUAAUAGAAAACUACUAUCACUAUCCCUCGCACCUUUUGUUGUGGGCCCUGCUUGUCUGCUCGCUCGUCAUACUCGCCAAAUACGUCGUUAGCCCCAGCGACGGCUACCAGCGCAUACCGGAAUGGCUGCCCACGAAUUCGGAGCACGAUGAUGAAGAAACAACGACGGGGCAUGCCCUGCGCUCGCUGCCUGCCGCCAUCUGUCUCGCCUUGUCGAUACCCUUGACCAUGCAGGCCGUGCUGCACUGGACUAAUCUGCCGUCGUUGUUGAUGAUGCCCAUAAUCGCGUACUUCACCGACGUCACCCUCACGCCGUUCGUGACGCACUCGACGCUUAGCUGGACCAGCUUCCACCGCAUGCCUCUGUUCUUCGUCGGCCUCGUGCUGUGCACCUACGUCGUCUACGACGAGUACCGGCUGACGACAGAGAACCUGCUGACGACGGUGCCGGCCAUGGCCCUCGCGGGUGCGGCGACGGCCUUGGGCCGCAAGCCCGGCGCGGGCGCCGUCACGCGGCACCGGUACGGCUCGGUGCCGACGUACCGGCUCAUGGGGCUGCCGCUGGCGCUGUUCUUCACGUUUGUGGGGUGCGUGUGGAAGGAGAGCACGUGGAGCGCCGCCGCGGACCUGGCCAACGUGGAUCCCCUGCUGCUGGGCCUAAACGUGGGCAGCACCGUCGCAGCGCUGCUCAUCGGGAGCUCGUUCCUCAUCCCGGUGAUGCUGGACGACACGGCGACGCCGUGCCGGGCGCACGUGUCGUGGCUGGCGCGCCUCGGGGCCAAUUGCCUGCUGACGGCAGUCGUGGGCUGGGCGUCGACGUUCAUCACGCUCGGCUCGUACGCCACCAUCUCGCAGCUGCCGGCGUACUUCACGACGAUGGGGUUGCUGUUCAGCCUGCAGCCGAGCGACGGGAUGGGCGCCCACGGCAAGAAGGGCAAGCAGCGGGCGCAUGUGGACGACGCCGAGGGGCUGCUGGGGCUGCAGCAGCUGGCGGAGCGCGCGGGCGGCGGCGGCGACGAGGAGUGCAGCCGCGAGGACGCGCAGCCCGACACGGCGGCGACGCAGUCGGUGCAGGACGCUAGCGUGUUCGGGGCGGCGCUGGUGGUCAUGCUGGUGGCGUGGACGCUGUUCAUCAUCCGCAACUUCCAGCCCAUGGCGGUGGGCACGCCGCCGGCGGCGCCGCCGCACCUGGACCUGGCGUACGAGCCUAGGCACGGCUUCGACGUCGUCAUCAGCAUGUACGAGGAGCCCAUCUCGGCCGUCAACGCCAUCAUGGCGGGGCUCGCGGCGAUCCCGGCCAUCAACGCGUCGGCGCCGCGUCUCUUCCUCUACACCAAGGACGAGGCGCUGUCGGAGCCGGAGCUCGCGGCGCUGCAAGCGGCCACGAACGCGCACCGCGUGACGCAGCUGCCCAAUGCCGGGCGCGAGGGCGCCACGUACCUGGAGCACAUGGUGGGGCAGUGGGAGGGGCUGGCGCGGCACACGCUGUUCGCGCAGGCCGACGUGCACAACGAGGACGACUUCUUCCGGCGCGUCGAGCAGUACUUCGACCCCGUCGCGACGGGGAUGCUGAGUCUGGGCUUCGCGGGGCACAUGUGCGAUACGCGGGAUGCGGGCGCAGGGAACAAGAAGUGCGGCGACCGCUGGGGCUGGUACGAGGACGCGGCACUGCUGCGCGAUCUUUGCUUGAGGGCGCAGCAGGGGGCGCAGCAGCAUUCGCAGCAGCAGGAAGAGGAGGGAAACCACCAGCAGCAGCAGCAGCACGACGCCUCGGCCUCGGCCUGCGACCGCGUGCUCCUGACGUACAAAGGGCAGUUCAUCGCAUCCGCCGCGCGGAUCCGAGCACCGGGGCAGGCGCUAUACAAAGAACUGCGGACCGCGCUCCUCGACCGCGCGAGCUGGGCGCACCGGGAGCCGUACCUGUCCGGGCGGGCAGACUCGCUCAACGCGCCGCGGCUGGGGUAUACGCUGGAGCGGGCGUGGGCGGCGCUGCUGCAGUGCGGCGAGGCGCGGAUCGCGGGGCGGUGUCCGAGUCUGCUGAGCGGCAUGGGCAGUGAAGGGGAGAAGGCGGACUGCGCGUGUUUGGAUCCGGUCGAGGUCGUGGAGAAGGAGUAUGAUGAGCGGGAGUGAUGGAGCGUGGUGUGUGGUGGUUGUUGGUUUGGUUUGGUGGUGGUGGUGGUGGUGGUGAUGAUACCCCUGGUGUUGGAUGUUUGAUUGUUUGAUUGUUUGAUUGAUUGUUUGUAUGUAUGUAUGUUGUGUAAGUAAGUAAGUACCUGCGAUGGAUAGACAGAUAGAUAGAUAGAUAGAAAGAUAGACGUCGU